AAAACUUUGUUGAAAAAGAAGACGAUAAUGCAUGUGUGUUUAAAAACAACUUAUUUUUUAUCUCUUUCAUUUAGCUGAUGUAAGGACGAUUAAAUGGAAGCACAACGCGACCACUCAUAUAUUGAAUACUCUUCAAUACAAGAUAAUGAGAAUUUUCAGUUCUACAAAAUGUUACGCCCAAUCUUCCUUGUUGAGUUUAUAUUUGGCCAAAACUUUCUAUCUGAUAAUUAUUGGGCAAAAGCUACGUCAAAGUUCCUGUUUUUUCUCAUGUUUUUACUGCUGUGUGGCGUGUUUUAUCUUGGUGUGUUCUGUCGAGGUGAUACUGUAGAGCGAUGGUUGCAGUUAUCAUUAUAUAUAGUUCCCUUGCUUGCGUUUCCGUGCGGAGCUCGUAUAUUUUUUUCGACUGCCUAUUACCGUUUGCUGUGCAGAAACAUCACCGAUACCUUUAUGGUGCGCUUUUUCGUUACCUCAAGAAAUCCCAACACCAUAAAAGAGACACGCCCGCCUGCUCACAACAGAAAGUGGCUUCGUGAAAUCGCUAUAAAAAGUCUAAUCUUUCCUUUGUUGUUGGAGCUGAUACAAUGGUGCGGAUUCGUUGUUUUUACUAAUGUAUAUAGUAACACCACAACGCAUUUUAUAGGACGUCUUGACGACGAGCCGUUUUAUGAAUUAGAUUAUAGAAUAUGGGAUACAUGUUACUAUGUUUAUUGGAUAGUCACUGUGUAUCUGGUUGGUUUUGUAUCCUUCCAAUUCGUUUUCGUCUCACGGUUGAUUGUUAAAGAUACUGUUAGCUUUAUGAGUUUAUUUGGAAACAGUUCAAUGUUGAAAUUUCAACCAGUUUACAGCCGUGCUAACGGGAACUUGUGUUUUCGAUUUUUACAGUCUGUGGCGAAUUUCUUUACAAUGGACUUGAUAUCAUCGAUAACAGAUCAAUACGUUUAUACAAACUGCGCCUACAUGUCAAAAGAUACUAAGAACCGUACUAAAAGUAAUUCGCAUUUAAAAAAUGUUCCUUCCCGUGUGCUUACAAGCCCAGUUGGACAACCCUACGGACCAACUAGUAGAGAAGGUACUCCUGAUUCACCAGACAUUGUCAAAUCGGAUGCAAACGGAGGUCAUAUAUCGCCUGGUGAUGCGUGCGAGGUGUUUUCGUCAUUUAUUACAGAAAUCGAGGACUUGACUUCGUCCUUUACUCCGUUUACGAUUGUGGUCACGUUUUUCGGAGUGGCCAACUUAGUGACACACGUGUCUUUAUUCGUAAGAAAGGACAUAAUCCAUAUAAGUUAUUGGACGUUAUUUAGAACCAUUCUGUUCUUGCUGGUUGCGUUACGAAUGUUGUUGUGCGUGCAACAAGUGUCUACCAUUUUAGGUAAACUACCACCACAUGUAAGAUUCGUGAAAACAUCAGGCCGUUUGGGAUUUGAGAAUGCUACAUGUCCUAGCUGGAUGGAUUUUAUUGACUUAUUGGAUAGUUUUAAUCUCGGUAAACGGUCUUUUGGGUUCCCGCUGACAUUGCGGCAAGUCGCAAGUAUUGCAACCGUUCUGAACAUGACGUUUGUUAUUGUGUUGUCGGUUUUCAAAACGUAGAAAAGAGAUGAUGCAAGUGGAAAAGUGGCCUAGUGUCUAUUUUAAUGAUCGAUUUUUAUUUAAAUACUUCAACUGUUUCUUUUAGUUACGACAACAGCCUAUUGUGGAAUUAAUUCUCUGCAAACUAUCUUAUUUUGCUUGACUUUUUUGCGAAUUUUAUAAAGUUUUUGACAUUGAAUUGAAGAACACUUAAUAGAAUAUAGUUGUCACAUUUAUUAUGCAUUACAAUUAUCCGUCUUUUUGCUAGCGUUUUUAGCUUACCUGAAGCGUAGCUGCCUAUUUUUACAAACACUUAUUUUCGACUCAUGUGUUUUCUCGGAAUUUAAUUUUUGCGCUUCUUUUUAGAAAGAAUGUAUACUAUUUUUCUUUUAAUUUUUCUGACACUUAUGUUAUGUAUUUUGUAAAUUUUUACUUCAACAAUCUUUACUUUCUGUCUGCUGCUACAAAAAGAAGGGGUGAAAAUUGAAAAAGGGUACAAAUUAAAAAAUAAAUGCUUUUCAAUUUUUUCACGAAAUUCGCAAAAUAUUAGGACUUGCUUACUACGCGAGCAUUAGCUGUUGUAAAUUGUCGUUUUCGGUUCUCGACUUAUAAGGCGAGUUAUAUAUUAACAUAUUUGUCAUCGCAUUAAAGAAAACAAGUUACUAUUGUUCUUGAAUGUAGUAUGCCUAAAUUAUAUAUUGUACCAAUUUUUACAAUCUGUAUACAUCGCGUACUUUUAAAAACGUAAUGAUUUUGUAAUUUUUUUUAAUAAAAACUUUACUAAGGGUUUCAUAAGCCUUA